GACGACGACGAGUCGGAUGUGAUGCGUAUCGUCAUGUUCCUCCUCUGCGUUUUCGGCGUUGUCCUGGUACUCGGCGUUGUCCUCUACGCUAUGGAUAAAUCGGAAGAUGACGCAGACGACGACACGUCUAUCUCUGGUGGCAAGAACUCCACCUUGGUAAAAGUGGCAGGCGCAGGCCCGAGUGGUAACGCAGUUAAACCCGCUCCACAACCGCCAAAGUUUGUCACCAGCGAGCCUAUUUCACCUUGCACUUCACCUCCUGCAGCGUGGUCGACGGCUUCGGAGGCUCAGCCGCCUUCGACCAGUGCUGAACUAUUACUGCCGACACCAAUGAAACCCAAACCUACCUCAUUCAAGCCUGCUUCCAUGCCCAAGCCCACCACGCCAAAGCCUACCAAGCCGCAACCCACCAAGCCGCAACCCACCACGCCGACGCCAACCACGUCGACACCCACCACGCCGAAGCCCACAAAGCCGACGCCCACCACACUGACGCCAAGGACGCCGAGGCCCACAACGCCGGCGCCAAGGACGCCGAGGCCCACCACGCCGACGCCAAGGACGCCGAGACCAACCACAACGACGUCAUGGACGCUGAGACCCACCACGCCGACGCCAAGGACGCCGAUGCCAACCACGCCAAAGGCUACCAUGCCGAUGCCUACAUCGCCAGAGCCUCCUACGAUGAAGCCAAGCGGGGAUUCGAGUGAGCCACCUGAAAGGCAACGCAUGAGUGGCGAGUCGCUCAUCUGCACUCUGAGCGUGGUAGGACAAACUAAGUUCGGCGUUCCAAGGGACGGCCUCUGCAACUUCCUGUUCUUCGACUCGAUCUACCACACGAAAGCCCACGCUCUGUCUAGGCCGAUAUCAUUGCCGCUGGAAAGGUUCCUGAAUUUCGCCGCCGUCUCUAAAGACAUGGACUACGGCUGCUCUGUGGAUAUAGGCAACGUGCAAGCCUUCAGCGAUGAACUUGACAAGCCGUGGGGGAAGAAGAGAAUUAAAGAAAUGGGCGACAAGAAGGUCAUCGACUACGGCUUCCUAACAUUGGAUCAGUCACAGUCGUCCCCACAGAAAAUACGAGCAGCUCUGAGUGCCCUCAAGGCUGUUACCCAAAAAGUCAAGGAGGUGACAGGCAAGACCGGCGUCACGGUGCUGGGCCUCUACAGCAAGCACGUGGACACUUGCCAGAGAAUUUCCGAUAUAAUCGGGCAAGAGUUCAAACCAUCGGCAAUAGUAAUCUUGGGCCACAUCUCCUAUUACGAUUGGACGUUUCCUGGGUGCCACAUCCUUCCGCCAAAUCUGUACGGCGUUGAGCCACAGGUGCUGAAAAGUUUCGGCUACGGCCACUUAUUCGAAGACGGUGUAGCCCUGGCUCGGUGCAUCGAGGACAAAAUCAAGCUCCCGAGUAAAAUACCCGUUAAGGUCUCAAUGACUCUCAAGGGGCGCCGCUACAAAGCCAAGCUGGAAGGAGACACGUCUUUUGUCGGCAUCGGAAACUUCGACCUGCUACGCGAAUGCGGCCGGUACGAAGAAGUGGUUACGAAAAACGCCCAAGACGCUCCAGCAGUCAAGGCUUGCGGACAAUCCUACAAGUAUGCAGAGAACAUGAACUUCAGUGAGCAAUACCAAAGCGUGGUCACGUACGACAAGGUCAUAGGAGACACGAUCACCUUCGACAAUGAGGCCUCCCUUCGUAAGAAAGUCUGCGACGCCAGAGCGUCACACGGUUCGUUCUCUCUCGCCGCCUACGACGUCAACUACGACCACAGCAAACCCGCACGUUACUGUCCCAAGUGGGCCCCCAAGGGCGACUUCUCUCGGCUCGAACUCAUCGGGAAGCUGAAUGCUUUCAUGCGCGGCAAGGACGCUGGUGUUAACUGUUAAAGCGAGAGCGACAACACGCGGUGACUGGUGGCGAACUCAGUGUUGGCCACUUGUAGCCAGCUUAUGGAUUCCCUUACUACUCGCAGAAGACAGAUGUACUGUGUUUCUUAUUUCAGAGUGUUCAUGUUCUGCCCUGACAUGUGCGGGGACAAUUCGUAUUUAUUUACAAAUGAGAACAUGCUUUUCAUAGAA